AUGGUGCUCACCUCUGUUUCUGAACACGGGGUGGCAGUGUCCGGGGUCUGGGGGAACAUGGGCUUGAGUGGGGGGUGCCUCAGAAAGAGCAAGACGGCGGAUGUUUCUCUCUUGGUGUGACCGGUGGCAGUAUCGAUCAGCAAUGCCGCACAGACUUUUGCGCGCCGAAAUAUGCGUGCGACAGCUUUAACCUAACCACUUCGGUGGAAAGCGGAUUUCUGUUCGAUACGGUGUCAGGGUACCAGGGAAGACGGGGCCGAGUUUUGUUUGAUUUCGGGUGGAUGAGGUUGUGGUUUUGUUCGUUUUUCUCCAUCUAAGGUUCGUGCCUAGAGUUCAGCUGUAGUGUUUCAAACAAAGUUUUGUUGACUUAGAGGCAAACAUUCCUAGCUAUUGGCAUCGAGUUAAUUUGGCUUGGCAUGACGGUCUUUACGAUCGACUUUUUAUGUAUGUCUGCAUUUAUCUGCAAUUGUCGGAGGGCAAACAAAAUAAUUA